AUGAAGGAUGAUAAGAUUAAUGGCACUCUUACGGAAUAUGCAACGUAUAUAAGAAGGUUUGCUAAUCCUAAAAUAUUCGAAAGCGAUUAGAUUUUAUACAAAAAAAGUUAGGCCUUUCGGAUACCUUUAAUAUCUCAUAGAGUAUGGUUAACAGAUAUAAACUCUCCUUCAGAAAUCAAGGAUAAAUUAUCUAGAGGAAUACUGAAUGAUAUUGGCUCUUCUUAUUAAGUUUUAGAUGAUGGUGCUAGAUAAGAAGGAUAUAAAUGGAUUCAUUAUCUUUGGGUGUAGAAUAAACAUAUAAUCCCCGAUACAAUUACUUUAUUUUAAAAUCAUGGAGUAAUCGUUAGAGAACUAUAGGAACUUAAAUACUUUCAUGAUGAAAAAUUUUAGAGAUAAUAUAACUAUUAUAUUUAAGACAACUAAGCCAUUGUAGCUGCAAGUGAUCUAAUUAGAAUUGUUGCAGUGCUAGAAAUAGGGGGUAUUUAUUUUGAUAACGAUUUGAUAAUAUGGAAAUGGAACUACGAUAUUCAUCACUAUUUCGAUUUCUUUGGUCAAUAUUUCAAUAUGUUAAGAACACUCAAAGGCAUUAGUAACUCAAUUUUUGGGGCAAAACCAGGUCAUAUUCUACUUAGGAAAUAAUUGCACUAUAUGGUAAGCUAAUUUAAAACACAUGAAAAAGGGGUUGAGGAAAGACCUUUAUAUCAAAAUUUAUGCUCAUAUAGAACCGCUGCUUCUACAUUCCAUGGCACAGGCCCCACGAUUUUCACAGCUGUUUCCUUUAAUUAUCUUAACAUGGAAGGAAAUUAAGAUGUACUAAUAAUGGGUGGAGGUGAAAGAAAUAAUAAGGUUUAUAUAAACACUAUUGAUAAUUAAGGCACUUAAGGAAAGCUAAUGAUCAAUGUUGAAAUGCUGGAUAGAAUUACAAAUCUUUGGAGAGAUGAAAUAAAAGAUGGUUCUGUCUUUGGAUUUCUAGAAUUAAAUGACCUUAAUGAGGCCUUCUCAUUGACUGAAUGA